GCGUACGCCUUCUUCGAGGCGAACGAGGAUGCCAAGGGUGCGAGGCGCCAGGCCAGGGCCUCGCGGGACGCUGGCCAGCUGGUCGCGGGCGACCCCGCGGACGUGAGGUUCACCGUGAACAGGAAGUGGUUCAAAGUGUGCGAGGAGGUUGGCGUCGAGGCGGCCGGCGACCCUGAAAUGGACGCCGGCAUCUUCGCCCCCAAGCCGGACGACGCCGAGGGCGAG